CAUGGAUGAUCAUACUAAUGCCCAGGAUGUGCCCCGAUGUGACCUUUGUGAGACCGUCAUAGUACAAAGCUACUGUGAUUUUUGUCAUGUCAACCUCUGUAAUCCCUGCAUAGGAGAACACAUCUCUGAUGAAUAUGACAAACAUAAAAUAGUUCCAUUCCAGGAACGAAGAAAAACCCUCAUUUAUCCGAAAUGUGAAACGCAUCAACAAAAGAUUUGUGAAUUACAGUGCAAAGAUUGCAAUGUUUUUGUUUGUUCUUUGUGUAUUGCAGCAAAACAGCAUAAGGGGCAUACCUUUGUAGAAAUUACCAAAGUUUACAAGACUAAGAAAGAAGAUAUUAAAAAAGACACAGAAGAGUUGGAGAAUCAUAUUUCCCCUACAUACGAGGAUAUUACACUGGACUUGGAAAAACAGCUUGCCAACCUAGAUGAUGGAUACGAGAAACUUACAACAAUAAUGUUCAAACAAGGAGAGCAAUGGCACAGAGAAAUCGACAUCAUCAUCAACAAAAUGAAGUCCGAAAUCGGUGAGAUAAAAGUAAAUCACAAAAACAUUUUGAAGAAACAUUUGGAUGAAAUUAAACAAAUACAGUCUCUCAUUAAACAGACAUUUCUGGCUUUGAGGAAAAUUGAGAAGUCCAAUGAUAUAUCUCAUACCGUCCAAUACAGCUCUCAGAUCGGAGAGUUCCAAAACCUUCCACCCAUGGUUCUGGUAUCCCUUCCAACAUUCAUUUCACAACCAAUAAACUGUGAGGAGCUGUACAGAUUGUUUGGAUCUAUCACUCCAUUAAAUACUGCUACAGAAGAAAGAGUUUUUUCACUAAACCGUCCCGACACUUCAGUCAAACAGCUACUUGAUGAGCCAGAGUUUGUUGCCACAAUACAGACUGAGUAUGAAUGUCCACGCUGCGUUUGCUAUCUUAAUGAAGACGAAAUAUGGAUGAGUGGACUGACCAGUGAUAUCAAAUGUUUUAACAUAAAAGGUAUGCUACUUAAAACAAUCAAUGAAAUUUCCGGAAUAUUCCCUAAUGAUAUAGCUUUGGACAGUGAUGGAAAUAUCUUAUACAUUAGUGGGGAAACAAAGACAGUUAAUAAAGUAAAGAAUGGACAAAAAGAAGUGUUGCUCACAUUGCAGGAAUGGAUGCCAUCCAACCUGUGUGUCACCUCUACCGGUCAUCUCCUCGUUAUCAUGUGCAGUGCUGAUGAAACUCAAUCCAAAUGUGUUCGCUAUAUUGGAUCUAAAGAAAAACAAACAAUUCAAUAUGACAAAGAAGGUAAACCUUUGUACUCAGGAGAGUGUGUAAUUAAAAAGAUAACCGAGAACAGAAACCUUGACAUUUGUGUAGCCGACUGUAAGGCCGGUGCAGUAGUGGUUGUUCAUCAUGACGGGACACUCAAAUGGAGAUAUACUGGUCAUUCCUCAGUCACUAAGAACGAACCAUUUGAUCCCUGUGAUAUCACAACUGACAGUCAGAGCCAUAUUCUUACAGCAGAUCGUAGCAACCAUUGUAUCCACAUUCUGGAUGAGAAUGGACAGUUUCUCAGUUUAAUUGGUAACUGUGAUCUGAAUAGUCCUUUUGGUUUAUGUGUAGAUAAUAAUGACAAUCUGUUUGUGUGUGAAAUUUACAAUAGCAAGGUGAAGAAAAUUAAAUUUUUAAGGUAGACACAGCCGGUGUCGGUAGAAGAGAAUGACCAUAUAUUUACUGCAUUUAUAUUAUUUACAAAAUACCUGGAAUUAUUUAUUAUCAUCAUCGUAUUCCAUAUUUACGUGCAUAAAUAUUUUACUUAAGACUAUUUUACUCUUACAAUUAUUAUAAUGUCUUACCAAAAUAGCUUCACCCCAUGGCCAGGCAGAAAAAAUUCAUCAGCAUUUUACAAUUAAUGUGUCUGUCUGGACUACGAAGUGGAAAGUCCUAGCUAUUUAAUUUACAAGCUAUAGUGCAAUAUUUUGGCGGGAAUAGGUUAGAAAUAAUGUGAAAAAGUUAUUUAUAGAUAAGGUCGGUUGUCGCUUUGCUAAAACUAUACACUCAUGCAUACGCAAGCACUUAAAAAACUGUAUAUUUGAUAAUAGAACCAUAGUUACAGAGACAUAUUCCAUUGUUAUAAUAUGAUAUAAAAUGUUAAUUAAAUAAAAUUGGCCUUUUUGUUAAUAUAUGUAGGCCUAUAUUAAACCUUGAUCUUGGAAUUUUCUUUAAAAUACAUUUAAAACUGUAUUUUACUGAUACUCUUAGUUAUUCAUUAAUUCCAUUAAUUCAGCUACAAUUUAUAAAGGUCGGGUUUAGUUUUAAUCGUAGAUAAUUCAUAAAAUGAAGACUCUCCUUUUUAAGCAGGAUCAGAUUUUGUUUUUCAUAAGAUAGGAUUUUAGCAAAACAUGUUAAAGAGGUUCGUUCCUUAGGUUUUGGGUAGCCAUUUUUAGUCAUCUCUAGUCUAAAAAUUCUGCAUCACAUAUCAAUUCUAGUAGAAUAUUUAUAUUUUACAAUGCCGAAUAAACUAUAUUGAAUAAAAUUGUUCUCCAAAUAUUACAUUUUUACAGAGUUUAGUAAGGGACUAUAUUUUUUGGCGGAAUGUUUUCAAGAAGUAAUGAACAAUUUUCGUAACUCACUAGUGUAAGAGUACUGUUACUUUUGCUUCCUUAUUUUCAGCGCAGACCAAAUGUCUAGAUAGUUUGUGUAUUACGAUAUAUUCAUGAUAUUCUGAAAAACAUAUUUAAACAAUAUUUUGAUUUUCUAUGGAUGUAUAAUGGCAUGCUUACCUUAUAUAUCAUAAAAGUUAAGAAAAUAUUUAUUCCAAUUUUGGCCUAAAAUUAGUCUAUUUAAUGCUAUAUCUCAAAAUCUUGAGAU